UCCAUGUUAUUCGUUGGUGGCCUGGUUGUCGCUUUAGCAAUCGAAACUUGGAACCUACACAAAAGAAUCGCUUUACGGACGCUUCUUAUAUUUGGUACGGAACCGAAGAGGUUGCUCCUCGGUUUAAUGUUCACUACAUGGUUCCUAUCCAUGUGGAUAAGUAACACCGCAACGGCAGCCAUGAUGAUACCCAUUGCCGACGCCAUUCUGAAGCAGCUGCGGAUCGCAGAUGACGACACAGUCAAGGAAAACGAUGAAAGCCUCAAGAUGGAAACUUACAAGAAGGUGGAUCAAGAUACGACGAAGACUCCGGAAAAAACAGAAGCGAUAGAAAAUUCCACACAUGUAACGACAGCAGCAACAACAACAACAACAAAAGCACCACCACCACCAACAACAACAACAACAAAAGUGGCAACAACAACAACAACAACACCAACAACACCUGCUGAGACAAACAAAACAAAUUUUGAUAUUACUGAGAAAGGAACAGGAACGGGACCAAAUUUGGUGUUGAAAGGACAGUCGGAUUUGUUUUUCAGUGAGGUUGGCCUACCCCCAGCAGUAACCUUUGCUAACUGGAUGAUGUUUGGGAUUCCACUGUCUUUCAUCAACCUCAUCUUCAUAUGGUUUUGGCUUGUUGUCUUUGAGUUACGUCAAUGGGGUGUCAGGAUUUCACCACCACAAUUCGCCGAGAUCCUCACUGGUGUUUGUUUCCUAGUUCUCACUCUUCUCUGGAUAACACGUGACCUGCAGGAGGCUGGAGGGUGGAAGAACUUGUUUAAAGACAAGUAUAUCACGGAUACAACAGCGGCCAUGUUUAUUUCUAUCUUGCUGUUUAUUUUGCCGGCCAAAGUUCCCAGAUUCUCCUGGAAAGGUAGGGCUACCAUUGGUUUCAUGUUUAGGAAUCUCUUAACAAUUAUCAACUCUGUCACAUGGAACACGAGUGUUCAUCUCUAUUUUGGAUUAAUAUACCUCAUUAUCUCCAAACUUCUUCACAAACUCCCAAUUAUAUUUGUGCCAUUCAUUUAUUUUCCCAUUAAUCUUUGGUUUCAACAGGAAUCUGGAUUAUCUGCUGUAAUCAGUGAUAACCUCAUGGGCCUUUCAUCGAUAACCCCAUGGGUGAUGGCUUUGAUCCUGGGCUUCAUCGUUGCUAUGUUGACAGAAAUAACCAGCAACACAGCCACAGCCACCAUCUUGAUGCCAAUUAUGGCAGAAUUGGCUAUCUCAAUUAGAAUGAAUCCACUCUACCUGAUGUUCACAGCGACCUUGGCAUGCUCAUAUGCAUUUAUGUUACCUGUGGCAACACCGCCUAAUGCAAUUGUAUUCUCAACAGGACACCUGAAAGUUACAGACAUGGUGAGUAUUAUAAUAUUGGGUAUCUACUUGAUAAUCUGCUUGGGACUGAACCCGGAACCAU